AUGGCCUCGCCCACGGUCGCCUCCCCGAGCCGGGCGAGCCCCACCGACAUCCCCACCGCCGCGCCCUCGCCCGCCUCCCCGCCGCGGCGCCUCGCGUCGGCGCCGCCCGCCGUCGACGCGUCCGGGUCCUCCUCCCCGGCCUCCGCCCACUCCGGGGACCAGCUCUCCGCCGCCGACGCCUCGAGCCCGCUGCUCGCGAGCAGGAGUGAGGAGUACAGGCUUCUGUUCCGGCUGCCGCCCGACGAGGUUCUCGUGCAAGAUUUUAACUGCGCUGUCCAAGAAAAUAUUCUUCUUCAGGGGCAUAUGUAUUUAUUUCUUCACCAUAUAUGCUUUUACUCUAACAUAUUUGGAUAUGAGACAAAGAAAACAAUACCUUUGCAAGAGGUAACUGAUGUUCGUAAAGCAAAGACAGCUGCCAUUUUUCCUAAUGCCAUUGAAAUUGUUGCUGGUACUAGAAGGCACUUUUUUGGAUCUUUCUUGUCACGUGAUGAAGCCUAUCGAAUUAUAGUAGAUGGCUGGGAACAACAUGUUAGUGAUGCAACAUUGCUCCUUGAAUGUCAGGAGACAAAGUCAGCUAGUAUCAGUGAAGAAAAUGGUUAUGUUUUAUUGGAAGGAGCAAAGGAAUCUAAACAAGAUGAAGAUUCAUCACCACCGGACAGGUCUGUCGAUAGUACAGCUGUCUCAAGUAGUGCUGAUGGUGGUGAUUCGAACAUCAACAUUUCCAAAAGGUUUUCAAAAGUUGAGGAGAAUGGACUCGAAGACAACAUCAUCGCACUAAACCCGUUCAAUUUGGAACCACUUGAUGAUGCUCCUCCUAGUGUACCUGAAUCUUACACUAUGAUCACGGAGUCAAAGUUUCAGGUGCCUGUGGAGGUUUUCUUUAAUUUCUUAUUGUCUGAUGGUGCUUUUGGCUUUGUGGAUGAUUUGCACAAAAAAUGUGGUGACAAAGAAUUUAGUUGCUCGAAAUGGCGUACAGAUGAGCAAGGGGGACUUGUAAGGGAUGUCUCAUUUUUGCAUCCGAUAAAAAUUUAUCUUGGUGCAAAAUUUGGGACUUGUCAAGAGGUUCAGAAACUUCGUCUCUACAAAAACAGGCGUCUAAUGAUUCAAACCUCUCAGUCAAUAGGUGAUGCCCCAUAUGGGGACCAUUUCACUGUAGAGGGCAUCUGGGAUGUCGAACAGGAUAGCCUAGAUGAGAACUGUUGUGACCUCAGGAUAUAUAUUAAUGUAGCCUUCUCAAAGAAAACAAUAUUUAGAGGAAAAAUAGAGCAGUCAACAAAAGAUGAAUGCCGUGAAGUUUUCAGCCUCUGGAUUAAGCUUGGUCAUGAUCUUUUGAAGCAGGAAUACGAUCGAUCAAAAGGCACCUCCAGCACAACUGAUUCUGGUGUUCAACCAGGGGCUACAACAAACGAGGAAAAUACCGUGGAAGUAGCAGUUCCAGUGGUGAGUUCCUCACAGGAUGAAUCUGGUGCGAGAAGCCUCAUUCCUCCUAUUCAAGAUCACCAGCAGAGAACAGGGAGAGAUUCUUCCAUCGCGUCCACUUCACAAGAAUUGUGGGGUUCACUAACUUCAUACAUGAGACCGAGCCAACUUGGUCCAGUACUAGCAGUGGCACUGGUGGCUAUCAUUAUCCUAAUGCAGGUGACCAUCAUAGUUCUGCUAACUAGAUCCCCCCAGGUCCAAAUGGCUCCUCAUGGGAUCUCGACGGGCAGUUUAGGGUACAGCAAAGAAAGCAUGGAGUGGGUGCAGAAGCGCCUCAGCUUACUAAGCGAGGAGAUGCAGGUAGCGGAGGCGCACAUGGAGAAGAUGAGGCACGAGUUUGCCUGGCUCAGGUCUUACCUGGAGAGACUGGAGAGGCUGAGGGGCAGCAAAUGA